CCUGGCCCAGUGCUGCGCGUACCCGCGCAGCCACUCCUUUCGCCCCAGUGACGUCAUCACCAAAAGGGGCAGGGCAGGUGAGGCCAACGGCCCCUGUCGAUCCGUUCAAGGAUCCGUACGAGGCGCCAUCCAGCACGCCCAAGCCCAAGCCGUCAUGGGACCCCUACAACCGUCGUCGGGCCAUCAGUGACUUCGCGCAGCAGACGCUAAGUCAACUUCCGGUCUUCCUGCCCGCUCCCUUGGACAACGACAGCAGCAUGGCGGCGCCGGAGCAGAUUUUCGCCCCGGUGACCUACAUCCAACCGCAGGCUCUGCUGGGGUCACCCGCGGACCUGCAGCUGAACCAAACGGAGGCGGAAGAACAGGAUGAAGACGAAGCUGCCAGCGAUCUCGUAAACAUUACUAACCCUUUAGUUUUGCCGUUAUUGCGGCUAGCACCUUGGCCGCUUAAUAUGUUCACAUCAGUUGGAAAUAUUGUUCACAUUUCGGUCCGAUCCAAGCGUGAGCUAACCUCGGUCGGUGAGAUGUCCAAAUCAUGGUUUGGUAUUAUGAGUGAUUCAGACCGCGAAAAGAUUAAUUCAAUGUUCAGAGAAAUGCGGUUCAAGGUGGAUAGUUUACAUACGGUGGCCAAGGCUCAAACCACCUUGGUCAAUUUAACUUUAGAUAGGUUAACAACCCAGGAAACCCUGCUAGACAGGCUGAAGAACCUAGAAGCCUAUGAUUUCCAAACGAUGUAUAAAACUGUUCAAAGUGCCAAUGAUUUUUCAGCAAUUAUGAGGCUGGUUCAUGCCGUAAUUGCGCAGCUUCGGUCGGAGGUCAAAGCUUUCUUGACAGCCUACGAGUUUGCGUCAAUUGACGGGGCACUUUCGCCGGCGUUUAUCGACGCAAGCACGUUUGCGGACCUACUUAAGCAAUUGAGCAACACGCUUCCUUUGGGUCUUCAGCUUCCGGUUCCGGCAGAGCCAGGCAAAGUAGAAUUUUAUUAUCGAACGGCGCGGGUAACCCCAGUGAUUACGGCCGAGACGCUGGAUUUAAAUAUCCACAUUCCUCUGGUCCUAACCACUCGGAAGUUCCGGCUGUAUGAGGCCGCCGCAUGGCCGUUUAAAAUUAAUGAAUCGGAUUUAUUUGUAGUGUAUAAGCCAGAAGCCAAAUAUAUAGCCGUUGGGGCCGACCUAAAGUCGCACAUAUUGCUUAAUGAAGCUGAUUUGCAGUUGUGUCAGUCCCCGGAUACGCCGGUGUGCCAUCCUUCGGUCCCAUUCCACACCAAGCCGACCUGCAUGUUUGCACUUCUGAUGUCCGACGAAAAGGAGGUGGCCCGCCUGUGCGAGCCUUCCUUCAUCAAGAACCCCAAGCCGAGAUUUACCAGCUACCGUGGAGGCCACACUUGGGCCUUCAGUCUGCCGAGGCCAACCAAGAUAAGCUUGUCAGACGCCCAAGGUCGGGGCCUGCUUUCCAACCUGACAAAACUGCCCCGAACUGGUCUGCUACACAUACCGCCCUUCACAUCUGCGGAGGUGGACGGCCUCCUCCUGUUUUCGGGCAGCAGUUUCGUCAGCCAACUGGACUUCGAUGACGACGUGGUCAUCCCGGACGUGUCCGUGCCAGUCCCGGAGGCGUUCGCACUAAACACCACUAAUCGCCAGCGCAUUAUGCAGGCGAUAAACCAACUUUUCAACACCUCGACUCAACUCGGCAUCGAGCAGGGGUACCGGCUGGCUGAAAUUCAGAAAGCGCUGAACCUGCCCAUUUGGGACCGAUGGACGGAUUAUUUGGACACCUACAGUAUAGUGGGUAGUGUGCUGACGGUCGUGCUCCUCUUGGUAAUAACAGUCUGGCUAUACUGGAAAUGUUGCAGGCGCCGCGUCGCCAAAGCUAAAGUGGUGGUGGACACGGGGGCGGAUUUGCCAUUAAUACCCCGUUACACACGUCCCCCACACGUCUAAGCAACGU